AUGGGCACUUGUUGUUCAUAAUAAUAAGGAGGAGAGAUCUAAAAUUUAGAAUAUAGAUAAUUUGAACCAUUAGUAAUGCCAACUUUGGUUCCUCAACAAAUCAACUUUGAAGAAUAUCAAGAAGAAAUUGUCAAAAUAUAAUCAUCAAUGAGAAAGAAAAAAGCAAAAAACGUUGCAGCUUAGAUGAAAGAAGAAGCUGAAAAAGAAAAGCCUGGUGAUGUUUGGGUUUAAAGUAAAGAGCCUAAGAUUAUUGAAUAAAAUGUUCUAACGACUUACACUAAGCUUGGCAAGUUUAAAUUCGAUAAAAAGCUUCCUUAAGAGUUUAAUGAAUGCAGAUUCUUUACAGCACAUGUACAUACCUUAAACUAUAAUUUUAGGAACACAAAAGAAACAUAGGCAAUAUAUAUGUUGGUUAGUGGCUUUCUAGAUUAAGACAUGGUAGAGGGAAACAAUAUUUUGCUGAUGGAUCAAUCUAUGAAGGUUAUUGGAAAUUUGAUUAAGCCAAUGGAAGAGGAAGGAUUAUACAUUCUAAUGGUAAUGCAUAUGAAGGAGACUGGAAAAAUAAUAUGGCAAAUGGUUAUGGUAUUUUUUAUGAUUUUGAUGGAUCUAGAUAUGAAGGUGAAUGGUUAUAGGAUUAAAAAGUAAAAUUUAAUAAUAUAUUAGCAUGGUUAAGGUAAGGAAAUCUUAGUUGAUGGAUAAGAAUAUGAAGGGACAUUCUUUUAAGGAAAGAAAUAAGGAUAAGGAAGAGCAAAAUUUCCUAAUGGAGAUAUAUAUACUGGAUAAUUUGAAAAUGAUUCUAUUACAGGUUUUGGAGAGUUAAAGUUUGAAGAUGGUAGAUACUAUAAAGGUUAAUUUAAAGAUGGUAAAAUGCAUGGAAAAGGUCAUUUUCUUUGGCCUGAUGGAAGAGAAUAUUAAGGAUACUAUUGUUAUGAUCUUAAACAUGGAGAAGGAGAAUUUAGAUGGGCUGAUGGAACUAUGUAUAAAGGAGAAUUUAGAGAUGGAAAAUAACAUGGGAAGGGUAUUCUUAUUGAUAAAAAUGGAGUAUAAAAUGAAAGUUUUUGGAGUGAAGGAAAAGAAAAAAGAAAAAAGAGUGAAGCAUGAUU